UGCAGCACCACCGGCCCUGACAUCACUUCCUGUGCUCUGUAAUAAAGGCGGCCCGGCGGACUUUCUGCGGGUCAAUAUUUUUGGGUUUGUUUGGUGAAUCCGGCGUGAAUCGGAGCCAUCAGAACCGCAAUCAUGACGGUGGGAAAGAGCAGCAAGAUGCUGCAGCACAUCGACUUCAGGAUGAGGUGCAUCCUGCAGGACGGCCGCAUCUUCAUCGGCACCUUCAAGGCCUUCGACAAACACAUGAACCUGAUCCUGUGCGACUGCGACGAGUUCAGGAAGAUCAAGCCCAAGAACUCCAAGCAGCCUGAGCGCGAGGAGAAGAGGGUGCUGGGUCUGGUUCUGCUGAGAGGGGAGAACCUGGUGUCCAUGACGGUGGAGGGGCCGCCCCCCAAGGAUACGGGCAUCGCCCGGGUCCCCCUGGCCGGCGUGGCUGGAGGUCCAGGUGUGGGUCGGGCCGCCGGCCGUGGCGUCCCAGCAGGAGCCCCGAUGCCCCAGGCCCCGGCGGGGCUGGCCGGGCCGGUGCGGGGAGUGGGUGGACCGUCGCAGCAGGUGAUGACCCCCCAGGGCCGAGGGACGGUGGCCGCGGCGGCCGCAGGAGCCAGCAUCGCCGGGGCCCCCACGCAGUAUCCACCGGGACGGGGGGCCCCGCCCCCCAUGGCCCGAGGAGCUCCGCCUCCAGGAAUGAUGGGCCCUCCCCCGGGCAUGCGGCCCCCCAUGGGCCCCCCGAUGGGGAUGCCCCCCGGCCCGGGCCGCGGCGCUCCCAUGGGGAUGCCCCCCCCAGGCAUGAGGCCGCCGCCUCCCGGCAUGAGAGGCCCCCCCCCUCCCGGGAUGAGACCGCCCCCCCGGCCCUGAGCCCGACUGCUGCCCUCACUCACCUGUUGUAUAGAUCUUUUUGUUUUUUUAAACUUUCCGUACUAGUUUUUCAUAAAACACUUUUUCCAAUUGCGUACCGUUUUAACUGUUUGUACAGUUUCCAUGGAGACGAGUUCAAUAAAUGAGUUCAGGUGGCCGUGUGGCCCCUGGAAUUAA